UCCUGUUUGGUGUUGUAAGACACCAUAACAAACUGAAAGUAACAUAAACAGAUUGGAGUAUAUAACUGUGUUACAUCAAAUCAAAUUUGUUAUUCGUUUAAAUCAGUAAAAUGACUAAGAUUAGUAAGAAGGAGGUGUUGUUUUUAUAUGUUUUGGUAACAACUUUACUUGACACCAAUGCUUUAAAAAAUGGAAAUAAAAAAGAUACUUCAACAAGUGAGGGACAGGGAUGUUUUUGUAAGUUACAUGGAGAAGUUGACGAUUGUUCCUGUAAAGUUGAAAAUAUUGAUUCUCUCAACAACCGGAUGGUCUAUCCUAGAAUGAAGAGUUUGUUGAGCAAGAACUACUUCAGAUUCUUUAAGGUGAAUUUAAAAAAGAACUGUCCUUUUUGGGCAGAUGACAGUAGAUGUGCCAUGAGGAAUUGUGCUGUUGAUGUAUGCACAGAGGAACAAUUACCUGAUGGGUUAAAGAAAAGGACUGGACAAAAUGGCAAGGACAGAGAUAGUGAAGUUCAUGAAGAUUGUGAUGAUGAUUUAGGAUAUCUAAACACCACUAUCAGGUAAGUAAUAAAGUUAUUAGUUUCCUACCAGUUUAAUUAGAGAGGACCUUUAAGAGGUCUGCCAG